UCACUUCACUCAGGUGGUCUGGAAGGACUCUCAGGAAAUGGGCAUUGGCUUGGCGACGGAUGGCAAGGGGAACGUGUUUGUGGUGGCCCAGUACCGGCCAGCAGGGAACAUCACCAACGCUGGCUACUAUGAGCAAAAUGUCCUCCCACCACAGGAAGGAGGAGGGAGUGGGAGCGACAACAAGCCCCCGACCCCUACCACCAAGGACACCCCCAGCCCAACCGGCCCAACUGCACUCUCUGUGACCACCGCUGACUUCCAGAAGGAGGCGCUGGAGGCCCACAAUGCUCGGCGGCAGCAACACGGAGCACCGCCACUCAGCCUGGACCUGGACCUGUGCCGGGAGACGCAGAAGUGGGCCGAACACCUGGUACAGCAAAACGCUUUGCAGCAUAGUGACACUGACCUGGGCGAGAACAUCUAUUAUAAGUGGACAUCUGAUAAAGCUGCAGUAUCAGGAAAAGACGCAGUGGAGUCCUGGUACAGCGAGAUCAAGGACUAUGAUUUCAGCAAGUCUGGACAUCAGAAGAAAACAGGUCACUUCACUCAGGUGGUCUGGAAGGACUCUCAGGAAAUGGGCAUUGGCAUGGCGACGGACGGCAAGGGGAAGGUGUUUGUGGUGGCCCAGUACCGGCCAGCGGGAAAUAUCACCAACGCUGGCUACUAUGAGCGAAAUGUCCUCCCACCACAGAGUGAUUCUCCCCACAUCAUCUCACAAAGUGGUCAACCAGGUCCCUGUAUUAGUCCUCCCAUCCACUGUCCACACACCCAACUAUGACCGUGUCAUCAGAAGUAAUCUGCAGAUGACAUGAA